CAAGAGGGUACACUAUCUAUGCAUUGGCAUCUGAGAUGGUAACGAUAGUUUUAUAAAGUGGGCAAUUGUUUAGUACAAACAAGAUGGCAGCGUCCUUGGUUAGAAAAUUAGCAGGGACGCUGGCAACAAAUCUAAGCCACCAAGGUACUCCAGCAAGUUCAGCAUCAACCCUGUUACAAAGGUGUCUUGGUAGAAACCCGGGUACUACAUGUUUGCCAGUCCAGAGAUGUUUCUCACAGUGGACAUACCAAGCACAGCCAAAGUUGUUACCUCAAAAAACAGGUUCCCUGCUUCAAGUUUGCCAGCCAUUUGUAAAUAGUAGAAGGACUGCUGUUAGGUAUGGGGUAAGGACUGGACUACCCAAGACAGUGAAAGCCGUACCUGGAAGAUUUUUCCGUCUGCCAUGGGGAAUUUAUAUUCGCACAAGAGCUGGCAGGCAUAAAAAGAAAUGGGCUAAACCGGACUGGAUCAAUGAACGAGGAAAAUACCAUGUGUUCUGUAACAAACAACAGUCAAAAAUGCUGGACAAGAUGACCACAGAUUACUGGAAGAAAAGGCGUUAUUAUGUGAAUGAUCCAUAUGAACCCUAUAUGAAACGGACUGAUCGUAAUUAUACACCACCAAAGUUCUUACCAUGAUUAUAAUAAUGGGGGGAAAUUAAAUGUUAAUGUAUAAAUAUAGACCAAAGGAGUGUAAAUGCUAGAAUAUAUUUGUUUCUUUGUAUAUUCCCUGUCACUUUACCCAAACAUUCAAACCAAAAUGAUUUUCUGCACUCGGAAUAAAGGUACUUUCAAGGAACUAUUUAUGCUGUCCUCCCUCAGAAUGUUAUCAAAAUUAGCAAUAGAGGUUUUACAUUGAAGUUGAUGUUUAAGUGCUUGAUAAUGAAACUUGAUUGUAACAAUAUUUGAAACAUUAAAGAUAUUUAAAUAUUCAAA